CUCGAAACUCGAAACUUGGCGGCGCUGGCCAAGAAAGUGGUUGUAAGCGCGGGCUCGCACCAGGUCGUCAGGACGUCAGGUCCAUUUGUUCAUCUUCGUUGAAUAACUGUCUCCUACCAAAGAAAAGGCUGAGCAUCCGCAAUGGGUGACAGGGACAGUGAAACCUUUGAUGACGCUGUUGAGGAACGCGUCAUAAAUGAGGAGUACAAGAUUUGGAAGAAGAAUACUCCCUUCUUGUAUGACCUUGUUAUGACCCAUGCCUUGGAAUGGCCUUCAUUAACAGCUCAGUGGUUGCCGGAUGUAACCAAGCCAGAAGGCAAGGAUUACACAGUACACCGACUUAUCCUUGGCACGCAUACAUCCGAUGAGCAAAAUCAUCUAUUAAUUGCCAGUGUACAGUUACCGAAUGAAGAUGCGAUUUUUGAUGCUUCACACUAUGAUAAUGAGAAGGGAGAGUUUGGAGGAUUUGGAUCAGUGAGUGGUAAAAUUGAAAUCGAAAUUAAAAUCAAUCAUGAAGGAGAAGUCAAUAGAGCCAGAUAUAUGCCUCAAAAUCCUUGUGUCAUUGCAACCAAGACACCAUCCAGCGACGUUCUAGUUUUUGACUAUACUAAGCACCCAAGUAAGCCAGAUCCCAAUGGAGAAUGUCAUCCAGACUUACGGUUACGCGGUCAUCAAAAGGAAGGCUAUGGACUCUCUUGGAAUCCAAAUCUUAAUGGAUACUUGCUGAGCGCUUCGGACGACCACACGAUUUGCUUGUGGGACAUAAACGCCACACCAAAGGAAAACAGAGUAAUUGAUGCCAAGACUAUAUUUACAGGCCACACGGCUGUUGUUGAAGAUGUUGCCUGGCACUUACUUCAUGAAUCCCUGUUUGGCUCUGUGGCUGAUGAUCAAAAAUUGAUGAUCUGGGACACGAGAUGUAACAACACAAGCAAACCGAGUCACACGGUUGAUGCUCAUACAGCAGAAGUGAAUUGUCUAAGUUUUAAUCCAUAUUCCGAAUUUAUCUUAGCAACUGGAAGCGCUGAUAAGACUGUAGCUCUGUGGGAUUUGCGAAAUUUGAAAUUGAAAUUACAUUCAUUUGAAUCUCACAAGGAUGAGAUCUUCCAAGUCCAAUGGUCACCUCAUAAUGAAACGAUUCUUGCUAGCAGUGGCACAGAUAGAAGAUUACAUGUCUGGGACCUUAGUAAAAUUGGAGAAGAACAGUCUAGUGAAGAUGCAGAAGAUGGACCUCCUGAACUUUUGUUCAUCCAUGGAGGACAUACUGCUAAGAUCAGUGACUUUUCCUGGAAUCCAAACGAGCCUUGGGUCAUUUGUUCUGUGUCUGAAGAUAACAUAAUGCAAGUUUGGCAGAUGGCUGAAAAUAUUUAUAACGACGAAGAGCCAGACACGCCUGCCAGUGAGCUCGAAGUUGCAGGAGCGAUUAAUUAAGUGGCUACCCGCAAAAACAUUCAUACUUUUUUAUUCAUCAAACAUUAUUUAACAAUUGUGUUAUUCCAUUUCUUCAAUAUGAGUUAAUGAGAACUAAUUUUGUAAGCUCAUAAACUUGAAUAUUUAACGAGUGUUUGUAUGUAAUGUUUUUAAUUAAGUGUCAAAACUAUCAUACAUGCAUUAGAAAUGUAACGAUUAAUAUUCUGUAAACCAACUGUCGAUAUUUUUUUAAGAGUUAUUAAAAAAUAAUGGAAAAUUA